AUGGCAAAGUUAAGUGAGACAAAUCAAUAUUUGGCUGCUUUUACAGUGAAUAUUAUCACACUUGGGGUUGGCGCUUCAAUUGGAUGGUCAUCACAAACAUUGCCAAUUCUUAUAAAAACGUCGAACGAAUCCCCUUUAAAAGUUCCACUCACAAAAAAUGAAGCGUCGUGGGUGGAAUGCAAUUUGGCUGUCGGUGCAAUCUUUGGAACUUUUCUAUUUGGAUAUCUGUCUGAAAGGAUUGGAAGAUUUUGGACAGCUUUUAUGACUGCAUUGCCACAAAUCUUUUGGUGGAUUUGCGUCAUCGUUGGAAAAUCUUUUACGAUUCUUCUGAUCGGAAGAUUUUUUGCAGGACUUUCAGCAGGCGGUGUGUUUGUGUUGGUUCCACUUUAUAUAUCAGAAAUUUCUAAAGAUUCAUUACGUGGAAUUCUUGGAUGUUUUUUUAUGUUUGCUAUAAAUCUCGGAACUGUGUUAAUGUUUCUUGCUGUAGAAUACCUAAAUUAUUCAAUCGUGCCAAAAAUUUUUAUUUCGAUUCCAUUUAUCUUCACAUUGACCUUCAUGUUUCUGCCUGAAACGCCACAAUAUUUGUUGAAACGUGGAGAAAUCAAGAAGGCGGAAAACUCACUUAGAUUUCUGAGAGGUUGUCAAAACUUCAAUGAAGUUCCUGAAAAAGUCAAGAAAGAACUCCUAGUGAUUUCAAAGGAAAUUGAAGAAGAGACUUUGGUCAAAAAUGUGUCAAUAAUUGACAAAUUAAGGACACUUGUUGCACGAAAAUCUUUGAUCAUUGGACUUGUACUCGUCUCCGUUAAUCAGCUCAGCGGGUGUCUUGUGUUCAUGAACUAUAAAGCUGAUAUUUUUAUCAAUGUUGGGUUGAAAUUUUCUCCAGAAUUUUUUGCAAUUAUUAUUUCAAUAAUUCAAGUAAUAGGAUCAGUUGUUUCUACAUUUGUUGUUGGAAGCAUGACGAGAAAAUUACUUUACAUAAGCACGUGCUUUGGGGCAAUUUCGGGAUUCUUGGCGUGGGGAUUCUGCUUAAAUUUAUUUGAUAAAAGAACAAUAUUUCCAUGGCUGUCAAUUUCGGCUUUGUCGCUAGCGAUUUUUAUGGCGUCGGCAGGAUUUUUACCACUCACUUUUGUUCUUCUCUCGGAAAUUCUACCACAAAAGAUUCGAAGUAUUGGAAUGACCUUGUGUAUGGCUUUGUUUUGGACACUUUCAUUUAUAUUACAUAAAAUUUUCAUUAAUUUAGUUGCCUUUGCACAAUUCUACAUUAGUUUAUUAAUCUUUUGUGGAUUCAUUUUCCUUGGGAUGAUGUUUAUUGUAGUUUAUGUACCCGAAACACGUAACAAAAGUGGUGAUGAAAUUGAAGAAGCUUUAAGAUAAGACUGAAAUGUGAAAACUUACUGAGG